AUUUUUGCCUUUAUAUGUUUGUCACAGGUUGUACUUGACAUCAAUAUAUUUUGCAGGACAGGUGGAUUUUUAUUCACUUGUCCUCUGUACGGACAUACAGUGGAUACUUUACCUAUUAUUGAUACACGUGUUUGUAGGCCAAUUGAAGGCUAAAAAUAUGAAUACAAUAUGCAUGUGCGUUCUCAGGUUAGAAUUUCUCCUCAAGGUUCCGCGAAUAUAGUACGCUUGCGUCCUACAAACACUAUAUGAAGAUUACUUUUUUUUGCAGUAUUUAUCGCAGUUAGCUUUCGUCUAUACUGUAUCGUGUGCGCGCAUCAUUCAUUUCUCUUAAACAUGCCUCUGUAAACAAAAGAUAAAUCAGUCUCGAGACUCACAUGUCACCAUGCUUACUCAAAAGGACAUUCGCCUAAAGAGGAUGGAACCUCACUUCUGGAUUAGCUCUUUAAGAAUUUAUAUAUAUAUAUAGAUAAGUAGAAAAUGUUUCAAGAACAAGAAAUUAUUCAUCGUGGCAGUAGAGUAAAGGAAAAUGGCUGCUGACGAAACAUUUAAAACUCUUCAAAAUGAGGAAUCUAAGAGACAUAUCCGACAAAAGGGAAAUAAAAAGAGUGCAUUUUCUGUCGAUAAUCUAGACACCACCCCGUCACCCACUGGUUAUCGUGACUAUAAACCACCAGCUGAGGUUCUUGGUGGUCAUUAUCAUUCGGCGAUUGACAAAACAAAACCUGUUGACGUGAUUGACAAAGGUUCAUUGAGAAGGAAGCCAAAAGAGCAAGAUACAAAUCGAACACACAAAACAAUAUUGUUGGGUGACAGUGGAGUUGGAAAAACUUCGUUGCUCGUUCAGUUCGAUACCGGAAGUUUUCAACAAGGAAACUUUGCAGCCACUGUUGGAAUUGGUUUCACGAAUAAAUUAGUAUCUGUCGAUGGCGAUCAGGUGAAACUCCAGAUUUGGGAUACCGCUGGUCAGGAGAGAUUUCGAAGUGUAACACACGCUUAUUAUCGAGAUGCUCAUGCAUUGUUACUACUUUACGAUAUCACAAACAAAAAGAGCUACGACAAUAUCAGAGCUUGGCUUGGCGAGAUUCGAGAAUACGCACAGGAUGACGUUGUCGUCAUAUUAAUAGGCAAUAAAUGCGACUAUGGCAAUCAGCGGGAAAUUCGUCGCGAGGAAGGGGAGAGACUAGCACGAGAGUAUCAAGUGCCCUUUAUGGAGACUUCGGCUAAAACUGGUAUCAAUGUCGAGUUGGCAUUCCAUGCACUUGCCAGGGAACUGAGGGCUCGUGAAAAUAUGAAAACGCAGGAUCGUUCAAACGAAAUGAAUAAAUUCAAUGUUCAAGAUUACGUUCGUCAACAAUCCGCAACUCAACCCAGUUCUUGUUUCAAUUCAAGCUGCAUUACGGCCUGAGAAUUUACACGCGCACGUUAUAUAUAUACGAAAAUUAUGUUUACAUAAAUUUAUACUGGGUGUCUAAAAUGUAUUCCCCCUCCUUUCAAAUUAAUUUUUGAUGUUAAUAAGAAAUUUUAAAAUAAUAAUUUUUAAAACAUGUAUUUAAAGGAAUGGAAUUUUGUAGACACUCUUUAUAAUUGUUUAUAAUUGUACGAAUUAUAUAUACAAUUGUAAAUAUACGCAAAUCACUGUAAGCCACAAAUAAAAAAUAUAUUGAUUGCGCAAAUUUAUAUUAA